AUGACAUCGGAUAAACUGCAGGAGUGGCUGGCAAGGGUGUGGGGGCCGAACAAGGAUGAUGUGCGGCAGCUACUUGUGCUGGAUCAGGCACCUAUCCACAAGACUCAGGCAGCAAAAGACGCAAUAGCGGAACGAGACACAGACGUGUAUGUGCCUGCGGGCUGCACAAGCCUACUGCAGCUAGCUGACGUCUUUUGGAACAGGCCAUUCAAGGCGAACCUUCGGCGUUCUUGGGAGAUGUUUAUGAGGAAAGAAGAAAGAACACUGAAAGGCAAUCUGCAAAAGCCAUCGUGUCAGGAUGACCUCAACUUUGUGUCGGAGGCUUGUGCCACUGUGACUGUCGUGCGCUCGUUCAAGGGGUACGGAAUUUUCAAUGCACUUGACGGCUCCGAGGAUGGCGAGCUGCAUGAUUGCCUGUUUGACAUCGGCGUUGUGGCACCUGAGCGUUCCGAGGACUUACAAUACGAAUGCCUAGACUUAGCUUUCGGCUCUGACUCUGAAGAAUCAUUCGACGGUUUUGAGAGUGAUUAA